GACCGGAACUCCAAGGGAGGACAAGCUACCGUGUCCAUGAUGUACUCUUGGAUUUUGCUCGGGCAGAACUUCGAGCCACAGGUACACUAACUGAUGUCCAGCGCUUGUUCGUGAAGACCCUUCGUGGCCAAUGCGUGAACGGUGAAUGGGAUAUUACUUCGAGCACCUGCCAAAAAGACUAUUAUUUCAAGUACCUACCCUAUCACAUUUUCUAUUCCGAACAAUAUAAUGAAUUACUUCAACUGUUUUUUGACUUUUACUGGCUAGAACAAAAAGUGAAACAGAUCGAUUUGCCCGCCCUAAUAUUGGAUUUUCGUAUCCUGGACACGCCCUCGCACGAAAUUAAGCUUCUUAAAUCGUCGCUGAUGUUAUCUGCCGACGUUAUCGAAAAAAACCCAGAUUCUAUUGGUCCGCAACUGCAAGGUAACACUAUUUUCUAAAUUCAUUUCAUUUUCUCAAAAGCACAUACAAGCCUUCAACAUUAUUGCGCUAGUAUUAUAGAUAUAUAGUAACAUUUUAUCACGUAUGCUAAAACUCUUAUAUACUCGUGUUCUAGGCAGAUUGCUGUCCUAUGUAGACGAAUACCCGAGCGUGAACAAGCUAUUAGAUCGCGUCCGUGAAACGUGCACGAAGACUUGCCAUCUUUUACCAUUAUUUUCCUGCCUCCAACCUGUAGGGCCAUUGGUAAAAGUAUUUACUCGGAACAUUAAUGCUAGCGUAUAUUCAUUAACAACGUUUAACAGUUUAACUGGUACCAUUGUCGUUUCUGGUUUGGAAAACGGUUUGGUCAAGCUCCAUCAACUCGAAGCAGGUAUGUAG